AUGUCUUCCAAGCGACCAGCCUCUCCGUAUGGGGAAGCAGAUGGAGAGGUAGCCAUGGUGACAAGCAGACAGAAAGUGGGAGAAGAGGAGAGUGACGGGCUCCCAGCCUUUCACCUUCCCUUGCAUGUGAGUUUUCCCAACAAGCCUCACUCUGAGGAAUUUCAGCCAGUUUCUCUGCUGACGCAAGAGAACUGUGGCCAUAGGACUCCCACUUCUCAGCACAACACAAUGGAAGUUGAUGGCAAUAAAGUGAUGUCUUCAUUUGCCCCGCACAACUCAUCUACCUCACCCUUGAAGGCAGAAGAAGGUGGGCGUCAGAGUGGAGAGUCAUUGUCCAGCACAGCCCUGGGAACCCCCGAAAGGCGCAAAGGGAGCCUAGCGGAUGUUGUGGACACCCUGAAGCAAAGAAAAAUGGAAGAGCUCAUAAAAAACGAGCCAGAAGAAACUCCCAGUAUUGAAAAGCUACUAUCAAAGGACUGGAAAGACAAGCUUCUUGCCAUGGGAUCAGGGAACUUUGGAGAAAUAAAAGGGACUCCAGAAAGCCUCGCUGAGAAAGAAAGGCAGCUCAUGGGUAUGAUCAAUCAGCUGACCAGUUUGCGAGAACAGCUGCUAGCAGCUCAUGAUGAACAGAAGAAACUGGCUGCAUCACAGAUCGAAAAACAACGCCAACAAAUGGAGCUGGCUAAGCAGCAGCAAGAACAGAUUGCAAGACAACAGCAGCAGCUCCUGCAGCAGCAACACAAAAUCAACCUUCUUCAGCAACAGAUCCAGCAGGUCCAGGGUCAGCUGCCUCCAUUAAUGAUUCCCGUAUUCCCUCCAGACCAACGAACCCUAGCAGCAGCUGCACAGCAAGGAUUCCUUCUUCCUCCUGGUUUCAGCUACAAAGCGGGAUGCAGUGACCCCUACCCCGUUCAGCUGAUCCCAACUACCAUGGCAGCUGCUGCCGCAGCAACACCAGGCUUAGGCCCACUCCAACUGCAGCAGUUGUAUGCUGCCCAACUUGCUGCCAUGCAAGUGUCUCCGGGAGGCAAGAUACCUGGCAUACCCCAGGGUAACCUUGGUGCUGCUGUAUCCCCUACCAGCAUCCACACAGACAAGAGCACAAACAGCCCUCCACCCAAAAGCAAGGAUGAAGUAGCCCAGCCUCUGAACCUUUCAGCCAAGCCCAAGACAUCUGAUGGCAAGUCUCCCACAUCACCCACCUCUCCUCAUAUGCCAACUCUGAGAAUAAAUAGUGGGACCAGUUCACUAAAAUCCUCUGUGCCAGCAACAUUAGCUAGUCCUUCGGCCAGGGCUAACACAAUAGAUAUCCUUUCUUCUAUCACGUCGUCAGGUUAUUUAAAUGACCAUGAUGCUGUUACCAAGGCAAUCCAGGAGGCCCGACAGAUGAAGGAGCAACUUCGGAGGGAGCAGCAGGUGCUGGAUGGGAAGGUGGCCGUUGUGAAUAGCCUGGGUCUCAAUAACUGCAGGACAGAAAAGGACAAAACGACACUGGAGACCCUGACUCAGCAACUGGCAGUGAAACAGGGUGAAGACGGGAAGUUUAGCCACGCGAUGAUGGAUUUCAACAUGAGUGGAGAUUCUGACGGAAGUGCAGGAGUUUCAGAGUCUAGAAUUUAUCGGGAAUCCAGAGGGCGUGGCAGCAAUGAGCCCCAUAUCAAGCGCCCAAUGAAUGCAUUCAUGGUGUGGGCUAAAGAUGAACGGAGGAAGAUCCUUCAAGCCUUCCCUGACAUGCACAACUCCAAUAUCAGCAAGAUACUAGGAUCUCGCUGGAAAGCUAUGACAAACCUAGAGAAGCAGCCAUACUAUGAGGAACAGGCACGACUCAGCAAGCAGCACCUGGAGAAAUACCCAGACUACAAAUACAAGCCAAGGCCGAAGCGUACCUGCCUUGUAGAUGGCAAAAAAUUACGCAUUGGCGAGUACAAGGCUAUCAUGCGCAACAGACGCCAGGAGAUGAGGCAGUAUUUUAACGUUGGGCAACAAGCACAGAUCCCCAUCGCCACGGCGGGCGUCGUUUACCCAGGAGCCAUCGCCAUGGCUGGAAUGCCUUCCCCACACCUGCCCUCCGAGCACUCGAGCGUGUCCAGCAGCCCCGAGCCCGGGAUGCCCGUCAUCCAGAGCACUUACGGCAUCAAAGGCGAGGAGCCUCACAUCAAAGAGGAGAUGCAGACCGAUGACGUCAAUGGAGAGAUCUACGAUGAGUACGAUGAGGAAGAGGAUGACCCCGAUGCGGACUAUGGCAGUGACAGUGAAAAUCACAUUGCGGGGCAAGCCAACUGAUCAGGGUCCAAAUAUCCCGUGACCUACAGGACUUCAAGGAGAAAAGAAAAAAAAAAAAUAAAUAAAGCCCCAUCUGGUUUAUCCUUGCCAGUGGCCAAGCACAUUAACUUUCUCAUACACUGACUGUUACUUUAACUGUUAGUCUUAACUAGUUGGGACAUCAGCUGACUAAUAGACAUCAGCCUGCAUCAGAAGAAAAAAGGCUCAGAAGAAAGGAAACAAAGACAACGACGACAACAACAACAGAAUGAUAUAAGCUAUGGGUAAAAUAAUGCCAGUAAUUCAGCUGCUAUACCCAAGCACUGAAGUCUUACCCGUCGACCUUUUAUUAUUAUUAUUUUUUUUUCAAAUAAACUUUAUGGCUGUUUGUUCUACAAUGUUCUAGAAAUUCUCACUCAGGUACACAGUGCCAACAAGUGGCUUGUGAAUGUGUUUUGUUGUUUUGUGCUACAGUUUAAAGAGAAAUAAUUUUUUUUUUUUUUUGGUAAUGCACCUGACAGGAAAAGAAAAAAGAUAAAAUUCCUUUGACCCCCCCGCCCCUCCUCUGUCUCUUCCUCCUCCUCCUCCUCCUCCUCCUCCCUGGAAAAUCUGGGUCAGAAGUGUGUGUGCGUGUGCGUGCGUGCCUGUGCGCGUGGCUGGCAAGGAAGGAAGUGGGGAGUCUGUUUCUGUUAACCCCAACAAGCAAUUAUUUCCUUUCAAGAGAGGACUUUCUCUUCAUCAGUUGCACACCAUACUGAGUCUUUGAGCAAGUGCCAAAUUUGUACUAAAGCGCUGAACUAGUCCAAUUUGCUUUUUUUUUUUUUUUUUUUUUCUUCUUGUUUUGUUUUUCUUUUGCUUUUCUUUUGCUUCCUGCUCUGUCUUAAGUUAGGACAGUGUUGUAUCUUAGACAAUCCCUUGAAGAUCCUGAUAUACCAGCAGCUGGUGAGAUUAGACAUCUAUUUUUUGGUUUUGGUUUUGCUUUUUAAAGGAAACUGUAGGUGCCGUUCUCAGGUGAAAAAAGAGAGAGAGAGAGAGACAUAAGAAAUUUAGAGAAAAAAAAUAUUUUAUGAUCUUGGAUUUCCAUGUGUGCGUGUUUAUGGUACUAAUAAGAAUAAUAUCAGACUAUCGUGAGCAAAAAGCAUGUUCCAGAAUGAAGUCCCGCACCCUCCAAAUGACUUGGUCUGUAAAGAGCCUUUGCUUUUAAUUUACACUUCAAGUGGCAGCAUAAACAACAUAAAAAAGGCUUAUCCAAAAUGUGAUUUGUUCAGCACAGGGCAGGGCAACGGGAAACGUUACCUCCUUGCUGAGUGUAAUUAGGUUACUGUGAUGUCCAUUUUUAAUGAACUUCUACCUUCAGGGUGGCUGAGUACUGAUCUCUGAUUCAAAAGGCGAUUUAUUUUAAACUGACUUUUUUUUCUCCUUUGCACUUGAAGAAAUCUAUUUUUAUCAGUGGGUUGUUUGUGUAGGCAGGAAGGCUAAUAGCUAUGAAGAGAUUUCCAUAUUCAAAGUCGGCAUGUAAGAAUCCAGACCUUUGCGGUGCUGAGUUUCCUUCGCUGCUGCUUCUCACAAGUGAAAAAUGGGUCUCCUGGGCUAUAAUAUUUGGGGUAUUGUUCUAGGGCCCUUAGGCAUGUUGCUUGGGCAGCUUUGCCUUCCUUGGGCACCAGCAGCCAGAUGAGGAAGGCAGGUUGACAUAGCUGUAAUCCUGAGCCAGUUAGCCUCUUGUAUUUCCAGUGAGGUCACUGAAGGUUACCCUUUAUUUCAGAAAAAAAUUAUGUAAAUACAAGUGAAUCGAAGAGUCUCUCUUCAUCUCCUCACUCUGUAGAAGGAGAGGACCUGGGCUUGUGUAGCAAGAGAGAAGCAUUAUAUCUAAACCAGCCAACCAACCAACCAACCAACCAAGAAGGCUACCUCUAAUUCCAACCAGUAGCUCUCCAGGAGCUCCUCUCUGGCCUGGGAAGCAGAGUCUUAGGAUUGUACUGAGGCAAAAGCCUUCCUCUGAGUCACUUUUCUAGCUGAGGAUGCCGCCUUGAUAGUCACGUUGCUCCCUGGUAAAUCCCAGCCCCUGCAGAGAGACCCAUGGCUAUUGUUACCACUUUUAACUUAUGAAAAUAGCCAUUUUAGUGCCAGUGAGAUCCCAACCCAAGCGUUCACCAGCACCGUGGUCUUCAGUAUACUUGGCAGCGCUGAUUUUGCAAAUGGUGCCCUCCAUCAGGGAGGUUCAGCCCUUGGUGCAGUGGGUCAUUUCAGCCCAGGUGGGGGAUGGAAGGGGCAGGUCGGGGGAGAGGCUGGGCAGGAGAUACGGGAGGUCUUUCUUUGCCUCUUGAAACCCCACUUGAAGUGUAACUUGCCCUCUGCAGACCUCGUGCAAAGCAAACAAGCCAAUGCCAGUGAAGACUUAGGACAAUACUCCGACGAGCGGUUUGGGUGUGUGAUAGUUUUACCCUGCAACGUCUGUUUUAUUUUUUUCUCCCGUUUUUCCCUUUUUUUUUGGUUUUCCACCUCCGCCUCGAAAAAUUCUUUUCUAUUUUCUCUCUCUCAGAAGAUUUGCUCUGAAGUUAUGCUUGGAGUAGCUGAUCAAAUCCUCCAUGUCAGAGAGGGUUCUUUUUGUUUGUAUUUUAUGACUGUUGGUUUUUGUUUUGUUUUUUUUUUCAGUUGAACUGCCUCUUCUUGCUAGUGUUGUAAUGGUUUUAAUAAUAAUAAUAAUAAUAAUGGUCAGCUGUUCCCAGAUUAGUAAAUUAUGUAUAAUUUAUUUUAUCCCCCCCCUUUUUUAACUUUAUUUUAUUCUGUUCUAAUUUGGCAGUGCAGCAAAUGAAGCUGUUAGGCUAUUUAAAAUGGAUACCCCUCCCCACCUUGCCUUUUUAUAUAUAUAUAAAUAUAUAUAUAUACAUAUGAAAACAAAUCACUUCUUCUUCUGCUCACACCAUUCCUCUUUCUUUUAUUUUAAUUUUGGCCCCAGCCAUGUCAACUUCUGAUGUUUAUUAUGAUGGAGUGAAUUAAUGGGAGUGUUGUUUUCAAUCUUAAUUGACUUCUGCUCUCUCAUCACUCAUUUUAGUUAUUUAAUUACACCAGUCAUCUAGAGCCAAUUUUUUUGAAGCACUCUGUUUGGAUAAGAAGGAAAAAAAAAAUAAUAAUAGACAAUUGUUUUUAUAUCAUUAUUAUGUACAAUGUGAAAACAGAUAUUUGCUCCUUUUUUUUUUUUUUUUUAAACUUUUAAAUUUGUUCCCUGUCUUUGUGAACAAAUUACUUCUGACUCUUGUGGGUUCACCUCACAUUUGCUGGAUGCUUGAUUUCCACCACGUUAUAGAGACUCUUCUGGUUUAAUCGUGUCACUUUGGGCUACCAGAAUACUUUGUUUUAGCUCCAGGUAGGUGCCGCUGCGGCUGGCCGUGAUUGGAGCGAGUCUUAAGAGGCUGGAAAGCCGGCCGUGGGGGAAGUCAAGGGGGAAAAAGGCCCUUUGACUUCAGCAGGACCGAGUUUCAGCCCCAAACUGGGGGGGCUGCGCCGCAGGAGAUGCUCCUGGAGGCAGCCCCCUCUCCGGGGACAGGCUGGAGGAGCUGCCGUGCCGGGGCUGCGGGACCGAGCUCUGCUCUGGGCGAUGGAUGGAUGGAUGAUGGAUGGAUGGGGGGACAGAGCCCUUCUUUCUGCAGGAGUGCUCUGCUUUGCUCGCUGCCUUGGCCUGGGCGAGGGCUCAGAUAAACACUGAUUUUUCUUAACCGUGUACACAUUUCCAUCUGAGAGACUGCACUAGAGCCUGGGGUCCCAUCAGGCUUUUCCAAUGGGGUAGCUCCAGCCGACUAUCCACGGCCUGCAUUUGGGUGUCGAAACCCAUGCAGCAAUGUUAAAAAAUUAAAAAAGGAAAAAAAAAAAAAAAGAAAGAAAAAAAAAAAAAAAGGCUCUGGGAUCCCAAACCAGCAAAAUACUUAACGCCUGUGCUAACGUUUUGCUGGUCCAAGGAUGAGCGCCCAUAUAUCCUGCAGCAGUUGAAGACCAGAUUUGAAAAUGAGGCCCUGUUUGUCCCUCUUUAAUUUCUUAGGAAAAAAAAAAAAACAAAAACAACCCAAAACAAAGCAAAACAUACAUUUAUAAAAAAAGGAUCUUCUUGUCUUGUUUCUUUUUUUUUUUUUUUUUUUUCUGUGCCCUGGAGCUUGUAGAAAAACCAGGUUAGAAGAGAUUAGGAUGGUAUUAACCUAAAAGCGCAUGGAGGCAGUAACGCCGAGGCGGGCUCCCUUCCCCUCUUCCCUGGGACCCUGGUGAGCAAGGAUGAUCUUGGGGAGCUGCCAGCAGGGUUGGGGGGGGGGAUGCAGACCACCUCCUCCUAAAUUUGGGGAGCCGCUUAGGCUGUGCAUCUCGCAAACUUACAAAAGAACAACACCAGCAGUGGGGAAAAGGGGAAAAGAAAGAGGGAAAAAAAAAAAAAAAACUGAGGCACUUGCUUCUAAGCUCAAUUAAAUAACACAGAGUAUAUCCUUUUUCAAUUUAUUCAUGCCUUAUAUUAGUAAAAUAGGAUUUUUAAGUGCAUUUAACAUCUUUAUUUAACCGUUCCGCUAUAUUAAUCAGGCCCCCAGAAAAGAACACUAGCUAUUAUUAUAGCAUUUAAUUAGUUUUGUAACCAAAUCCUCUUAUUACGAAUGCAUAUGGAAGAAAUUCUUUCUUCGAAGACAUUAUUUCAAAGAUUUGGUUACUGCAGUAGACUCUCUCUUUAAUUAAAUCAUUUUUUAGAAAGUAAAUUGUUUUUAACCUUUUUACAGCACAUUUUCAGAGCUUUUUCUUUUUAAUCCAAAGAGAUGAGCUGUUAUUGUCCCCGAAGAAGCCUCUGACAUCACGUUCGUAACAUCAAAAAUAAUUAUACUCCGUGGAAACAUAGACCUUACUUAGCAAGAAUUCAUCUGCUAGAAUGAACGGCAACUAUAUGAUAUCUCGUACCUUUAAGGGCAUGUUGUAUCGGAUAGGAAGUAUUUUUAUCUGCCCACUUCUCGAUAGAAUCGUACCUUCAAUUUUGCAAAGAACUGUGUGUAAUUCACUAGAUGUGGAUUCAAGUGUAUCCUCAAUUCACAGGGCAUGGGCUGGCUGUUUAGCUUGGUUUAUAUUUACAUUUUUUCAACUUUAUCUUAACUUGUCAGUUUCCCAGAUUGAAGAACAUGUCAAGUUCGUUUUUUUUCUACUGACUGAUUUCUCUACUCCCCAGUGUUUUUGUCACUGGUUUGCUGAAACAGUAUUUAUAUAGCUCCAUUGGCUCUAAAGCUCUUACUCCUUCUAACGUUUUGGAUUUUACAAGUGAAAUGAAAAUAGAAAAGAAAUAGAGACAAUCAAAUGCCUGGAGCUUAAAACAAAGUAUGUGCAACCUACCAUCUCACUUGAAAUUUAAUAAAAGAAAUAAUUAUGUAAAUAUAACAUAGAGUUAUAGAUUUAUAUUUUGUUCAUAACACAUAGUGUAAUAUAAGUUGUAUAUUUUCAUGUUUUGGUUUUAUGUUAUCAUUCAUGCCACAAUAAAUAAAAAAAAACAGGAGUUGAUGUACUCUUUAAAAAAAAUACAAUGUGGGUUGCCACCAUCCUGGGUUUUUUGUUUUGGUUUUUGGUUUUUUGUUUCUUUUGCAUUCCCCUUUUUCAGUAUUAUUGCCCUGCAAGGCACCAAUAAAACAGCAAAUGUGUUCUUUACCUA